AUGGGAGAAUAUCACCCCCCACCCCUUCCCUCCCCCUUCAACAACACAUCCCCACCCCCAACCCUCCUCACCCAAGGCGCCGAAGCCCACCUCUACAAAACCACCUCCCUGGACCCCUCCAUUCCCGCCGCCCUCAAAAUCCGCCCCUCAAAACCCUACCGCCACCCAACCCUCGACCGGCGCCUGACCCGCCAACGCAUAAUCCAAGAAGCGCGCUGUCUGGCGAAACUCGUCCGCGAAGGCGUUUCCGUCCCCGCCCUCCUCGCCAUCGACUGGGCUGGCCAUGGUGGGGAAGAAGGCGGCUGGGGCGGCGCCUGGCUGAUGAUGGAGUGGAUUGAGGGGUCUGUUGUGCGUGUUGUGCUGGAGAAAUGGGAGGCCUGGAUGAAGGAUCAGACUUUGGAUGCGGCAAGUGUUGAGAAAGAAGAGAAGCGUGUUCGUGGCUUGUUGAGGCAGAUGGGUGCUGCUAUUGGUGUGCUUCAUAAGGCUGGUGUUGUGCAUGGGGAUUUGACUACGAGUAAUCUUAUGCUUAGGCCGUUUGGGACGGAGGUUGUGGAGGAUGAUGGUAAUCCGUCUAUGGAAGGGGAUGUUGUGUUGAUUGAUUUUGGGCUCGCUUCGCAGAGUAGCCAGGAUGAGGAUCGGGCGGUGGAUUUGUAUGUGUUGGAAAGGGCGAUUGGGAGUACGCAUCCGCGCUCGGAGCCGAUGUUUGAAGAGCUUAUCUUGGGUUACCGGAAUAGCUACAAGGGAGCUGUUUCGGCGCUGAAGAGGUUGGAGGAUGUGCGGAUGAGAGGGCGGAAGAGGAGCAUGCUUGGUUAA